AUGAAACCAUCCGGUCACAGGCACCAGCAGAACAUCUAUUCUGCCGGUGAUCUUAUGAAGACCGUGGAUUUAUACAACCCUUUCAUUAAAAUGAAAACGAGAAGGAUGCGAUUGUCCGCCAUUGCCAAGCAUAAUCUACAUGUGCCUAGUGAGGACGAAGUAUUUGACACCUUGCAGCCGAGAGGCGAGGAGCGCACUUACAACAACCCUAUGAUGGAUUGUUCAAGCAUGGAUGAAUACCUAGAUGUCAUGUCAGCUCAUGACCGGCUGAGAGAUGGCAAUAGAUUGAAGACGGUCCACUUUCAAACUGGGGAUGACCACCGGUCAUUGGACUUGGGUUUUUCUGAGUCAGAUGAUGACCGGAUAACCAACCCUCACAACCACCCACAACUGGACAUGUUAGAUAUGCAAUUCCCCACCCUGCCUGACGAUGAACAGUCAAAUGUGAUCCAGGCCGGACACACAUAUGGGCUGCUGGAAAUGGGCUUCAACAUGAAUCAUGUAGAUGAAUCGCUGGACUUAAGAAAUAAUAUCAUGCUGGAUGAAAACCCUCUGGAGAUGGGUUUCGAUAUGGAUUCGGUGCAUGAAAGCCCUCUAGAGAUGGGUUUCGAUGUGGAUCCGGCGCAUGUUGACCCGGAUCGAUCUUUCGCUGUCAUUCGAACUGGAUCCCAUUGGAUUUGUAAUCCAAUGGGCUGUAGGCGAUUUGCAUAUAGCAAUACACCGGUUGGAUAUGGACCGGGCUGGUGA